AUGGAACAGAAAAGCGAGGAGCCAAGCAGUUCGAGUAACGAAAAUAAAAAAGAAGAAGAUUCGGCAAGAUUUGAAUGUAAUAUUUGUUUGGAUACAGCAAAAGAUGCGGUUGUUUCGAUGUGUGGACAUUUAUUUUGUUGGCCGUGUUUAAGUCAAUGGUUAGAAACGAGACCAGAACGACAACUUUGUCCCGUUUGUAAAAGUGCCAUUGAUAGUUCGAAGGUAAGUAGGGAAAAUGAAUGAAUUUUUUAAAUAAAAAUGUUUUGAUUCAAGAAGAUAAAUGAAAAGUGAAUUUUUUUGAAAAACUAGAAUAUUUUUCUGAUGAAAAUAACUUUAAAAUUGAAAUUAUCUUGAACAGUUUUAUCAAAAUCGGAAAAAUAUUCUUAUCGAAAAACUUUUCAGUAGAAUUUUUGGAUUCUGACUAUUCAAAAAAUUCGAACAAAAAAAUUUCCAUACCAAUUUUUGAUGUUCUAAACCUGUUAAAAAUCUGAUCUCUUUUUUUUCGAAAAUUCUAUAAAUCAUUUACCACGUCAUACCUUUUUUUCAACAUAAAUUUUUGCAGGUGGUCCCUAUUUAUGGUCGAGGAGGCGAUUCAACAGAUCCACGCAAGAAGAUUCCACCGCGCCCAAAAGGACAAAGAACUGAAGCUCCACCAGUAAGUUUUCAUUACUUUCCCAUUUUUUCUCCCCAACCCCUAUCCCUCAAUAAAUUGAUUUUUCCAGCAAUCUUUUCCUGGUUUCCAAUGGGGCGGCGGCGAUGGUGUUGGUGGUGGAAAUGUCCAUUUUUCAUUUGGCAUCGGAAUUUUCCCAUUAUCAUUUGUUGCCUCGUGGUUCAAUACACCAAUCGCUGGAUUUGGUGCGAAUUUUGGCGGUGGAAAUGAGAAUCAACAACAGCAACAAAAUCAACCAGGAACAUCUGCAGCUCCAGGAUCACAUCAAUAUCAAGAAGAAGAAUAUUUGGCGAAUAUUUUCAAAUAUAUUGGAAUCUUUAUGCUUAUUUGGCUAUUAUUUGUUUGA